AUGCCGCCGAAGGCGAAGCCCGGUGCGAAGGCGACCACCAAGGCGGCAGCCAAGGCGACCGCCAAGGCCAAGUCUGCCUCUCCCGAGCCUCCCGAGCCUCCGGAGCCGGCAAAAUCACCGGGGCCAGAGAAGCUGUCCGUGUUCGACGCAGAGACAAAUCUGAAUUUUAUCGAAGACGAAGACUGGGCGGCACUCGCAAACACAGAGACGCCGAGCAAUGCCGUCGGCAAGGCGCUCGAGGCCCUCCUCACGCUUCUCGGCGACGCCGAUGCCACAAGCUGGCCAACGGCAGCUGCCGCCCUGGAGCAGCCUGAAGCAUUAGUUCGCGAGAUUCGUGCAUUGGGCGGCCCACUGGGGUGUACCCAGCUGCAGUUGCAAAAAGCAGCUGCACUCGUGGGAGAGGCAGAUCUAGGAAGCCUCAUGGCCGCAACAGAUGAGCCGCCUCCGCCAAAGGCGAAGGCCCCAGCCAAAGCGAAAGCCAAAGCCAAGCCCCUUGCACCGCCACCCGGUGCACGGGCAGCGCUGGCAGUGGCUCAGCUAGUCGAGGCGUAUGUUGCGAGGGCAGAGAGCCCUUCCAAAUUCCCGAUGGAAUGGCCAAUGGUGGCAUACAGGGAAGUCCACGGGAAGUUGCAGCAUGCGCUGCACUCAAAGCAGCAUGCCUGUCUGGUUUGCAGCAGUUCACUGGCUACCAAAGCUGUCAGCCAGUACCUGCAGCUGGCUGGUGCAGUCAUGGUGAACGUGUGCCAGCUGCAGGUGCAGGUACAGCUGGCCAAGUCAAUGUCACAAGAUGUGGCUCGCUCAUCACUUCAAGGCGCAUUGAAGGAAGCAUUGACUCGAGGAUCACGGCUGGUUCUGCAACUGGGAUCCUCACCGCCAAACUUGCGCAGAUACUGCGACUCUAGGAUGCCAAUCGAGGCCUUCGAGUGUGAAAAGACCAGCGAGGUCGCGAAGACACUCGGCGUGGAAGCCGAAGCUACUGACUUCCAGAUGGUCCUCCUUGUCGAGAUGUCCAAGGCAAUGGCAGAAAAGACGUUGCCUCAGGUACUCCCCGGCUUCGACGAGAUGGCUGUCAUGCUCAUAGAUGAUACCACCGUGCCAACAAGCAACCAGCUUAGCGCUAAGCUGGAAGAAGCAAGCAAACGAACGGCAUGUUUGAGAUCAGCCCUCAGCAUGCUGGCUCUGGAAGUUGCCAAGCCAACACCUACACCAGCCGCAGCAUCUGAAGGGGUGCCGGCGGCUGGCGCAGCCUUGACGGAGGAGGGCGUGGUGGUCAACGACGUGGAUUUUGAGUACAUCGAGAAGUUCACAGAAGACUGGCAGGAGCGAUGGCUUCUUGGACCCUCGGAGCAGGACGAGAGCGGCAAGGAAAUACGCAAGGGCUUGAUAUCCGCGAAGCUGGUGAAGUACCCAUCCAAUCCCAAGGAUGCCAAAAGCUGUUUGCAACUUAUGGGAGGUGCGGCCAACGCACCAUGUACAGGGAUUUGGACUUCCUUCGCCCCACUCAUCAGGCCAACGGAGGUGGAGUUCGAGUUUACCGUCAAUGGGAAGGUCGACAUGCCGAAUGCCUGCUUGGUGUUUACGGAGAAGCCCUUCCAGGGAGCUUUGCCGGACUGCAAAGUGGGCGUGCAAUUUACAGUUCGGGGCGGCAUGCAGCUCUGUGGAGGUGGAGGAAACUUGGUGAGGAUCAGCAAUGACGGAAAGAUUCAAAACGACAGGUGGAACAAGGUCCUCAUCAAAAUCGACUGGGCUGACAAAGUUGCAGUUGCUCAGGUGGAUACUCGAGGCAAGGGCUAUGCCCCUGCAAUCCAGACAGUGCCCUUCCGAGAUUCCACGUGCUGUGGAUUUGGCGCUCUCUUCAUCUACAACACCGACACUCAGGCCACCUGUUGGUUCAGUGAGCUUCGCGUUAAGCAGGAUCAGCAAGACAUGGCCAUGAUUGACAACGAGGCCCUAGACGCACGCAGAGAGCUUGCCCAACGAAUGAAGCAGCGAGAGUACCAGAUGGCUGUAGACGCUGACAUGGAGGUCGGCAUGAAGAUGGGCGCCAUCAAGUCAACGACAUGCCAUGGCAUGAACCUGGCGAUGGAGCAGGCUGCAAACAACUCGAGUGGCCAUGCCCUGGGAUGA